AUGAGAUCCCAAUUCGUCGUGGCCUUCGGUCUGGUUGUCCUCGUGGCGACCGCCUAUGGUGGCACCACCACCACGGGCUCCACCUCAAGUGACUCGUCCUCUUCCACAACGCCCACUUCGUCCAGUUCAUCGACUCCGUCGAGUUCCAGCUCAAGUUCGACGCCCAGCUCUUCGUCCUCCAGCUCAACUCCGUCCAGCAGCAGUUCGUCCUCAACUCCCAGCAGUUCUUCUUCCACUUCGCCCACUUCCUCCACCUCUUCGACGACUGCCACAACCAAGGCGCCCUCCACGUCCAACACCACUGAGUCCUCUUCCUCCUCGAGCUCCGACAGCGAGGAGGUGGACAGGCUGAGGCGCAGGCUUCGCAGGCUCCGUCGGCUGAGGCGUCAGGAGAGGCGCCAGGAGAGGCGGCAGGAGAUUCGCCGGGAGAGGCAGCAGGAAAGACGCCAGCAGAGGCGUGCUGAAAGAAGGCGCCAACGUAGGGGAUAA